CUUGAGUUGAUGAACCUUUGCAAUGAGGCAGAAGCGUUCUCUGGUCUGCUGGUCACUCCUCUCUUCCAACUCCGCUAACUGCUUCAGAUCAGAAAAAAAAAACACAAUAGAAUGCCUCUGCAUCUUUGUCAACAAGCCAUGCUUUCACCAGUUUCUGCUAAGAAGGAAGCAAGUCUUCAGAUCAAGGCCAACUUUUGCAAUUAAAUUCUUCAGAUCAAGGCCAACGUUUGCAACUUGAAAAUACUACGGAGUACAACAUUUUAUUGCACCAGAGUAAACUGGUAAACGAAUUCUUCAUCUAGUUUCAUCUAUUAUUCCACAAGCAACCUGUUGGAUUGUACACAGCAGUGGUAACAAGAAGAGAACAAAAUGAAGUACAGAACGAAUGAAUGAGAAGCUAUCCCAGCAUGAACAGAAAAUGAUUGUUCCAAAUUUACAUCUGUAGAGAAUGAAUGCAUAACGAAUACUAUCUGAACCAUUAACUCCAAGGACAGGAAGCAAAGCAAAUAGUACAACAGCAUGUCAAUAAUUUCUUGAACCUCAUCUGCAGGUGAAUUCUUUCCACACUGAUGAAAGUGGACCAGUUAUAUAACCAGGAUCAAGCUUGGCUAUAGCAGAAAGGCCAGUGUCAGGACGAGACUUGCACUCUGGAUGAUCUGUUUGGUUAUAAGGAUUUAACAACCUGCACUUAGGCCAACAAUUCACAGAAGGAAGUUUGGUGGUGUCGAGCCAAACCAAAUCGGCAAGAUUGAAAUCGAGAGGCGAAUACAGACAGUCCAGUAUUGACCAAGCUCUGAGUUGAAUUGGGAUGAUGAUUCUGAACAACUUCGAGCCUCCGAUCUUUUCUCCUCCGAUCUCCAGUACAGAUUUCUGAUCAGCUACAAUUCCUCCCUCCUUAUAAGCAGAGGCGCAACGAUAUCACAGAGGUUAGCAAACUCGCCUGUCAAGUGACGCCAACCUUUCUUCGGCCAAUCCGAGGCCUCUUUGCAGUUGAAAUUAAGGCAAACGUUCUACAGCUGCGUCAAGAUGAUGACAUCAAAAUUCUGCAGGCAGCUAACCAUGGUCGAUACAGCUAAGGCGAGCUCUUUUCGCUCGAGUUUUUAGCGGAUCUGCUCCGGGUGAAAAUUGUAAACAGAGAACUGAUGAGCACUUUGCUCAAACUCUGAAUAGGAAUAGCUGGCGAUCUCCCAACGCAAACUGAAUCAAACAGGGAAUUGACGAGCACUGCGCUCGAUCUCUUCACGGACAUGCUCCAUGAUGUACGAUUAACAAGCACUUUGUUGAACACUUCGCGGAUUUGCUCCACGAGCUUCUACUCGCGGGGGAGGGGAAGAAUCUGAGCCAUCGCUGAUGAUUGACUGAUUGAACCGCUCCAACCGAUGGAUUGAAGUAGCGGAAUACCUUUAGCUUUGUUACUCCUCUGGGGAGUAAGGAUCCUCUAGGGAUUCGGGAUGUACAGGAGAAAAUGCAGUUACAAUAAACUAAAGGGAGAAAAGACACUAAUACCCUUCUCACUUGUCAGCUUCGUUCUGCUAGCAUGUUCAUAUCUUCCUCCAACACAGCCUAUGAAUUCAAAAAUCAACUAUGCCAGGAGGGUCUGAUUCUUUCUUGAUCUCUAGUGAUGCUUUUUUAGUGUGGUAAAAUUGAAGGUAGAAAAUUAGUAUUCUUUCAAUAAUAGAAACAGAGAAUUAUUGGAAAUACAUCAGUAAAAAUGGGAACAGAAAACAUUUGUAACUUUGCUUUAUUCUUUUGUGUUUUUUUUUUUUUUAAUGUCACAGCAUGCUAUCAGCUCAGGUGUGGUAGAUUUUUAUGUUUGUGUACUUGUGUAGCUAGGUAAUUGUAUAAUGCUAGUUAAUUCUUAUUACUGCUUUAUAAUUCUGUUUCUAUAUAUAAAUAUGUAAAUAUUGGUAUGAUUUGAGUUAAAAUUGGCGUGAUUUUGAUUGUUCCCAAUCAAUAAAGAUAAAAAAAGAAAUAUUCUUAAUAAUUAGUCCACAAAUAGUCUUUUACCAAAUAUAUUAAAUGAAUAUAAUUUUGAUUGUACUCCAGACAACUAUAUAUAAGUAACAUUCAAGAAGAAUAUGAUCACACCACCAAAAAAAAACAAAACAAUGGCUUUCCUCUUGCCAACAACCUUAGCCAUUACUGGUCUUGUUUUUUCAUUUGCUCAUGCUUUUGAUCCAAGCCCUCUUCAAGACUUCUGUGUUGCGGCAAAUGAUCCCAAAUCUACUGUUUUUGUGAAUGGAAGGGUUUGCAAAGACCCAAAAUUGGUGACACCAGAUGACUUCUCCACAUCCGGUUUAAAUGUCAGCGGAGAUCCGGCAGGUGUCGGCGUAACCCUAAAAUCCGUCGGCGUUGACAGAAUCGCCGGACUAAACACACUCGGCAUAGUGAUGGCGCGUGUGGAUUACGAAUCCGGGUCACCGGCCACGCCCCAUUCACACCCUCGAUCAUCUGAGCUCAUCUUGGUUUUGGAGGGCACGCUUGAAACGGGCUUCAUCACGGCAGAUCCGAGCAACCCAACCAAGAAUCGUCUCUACGCCAAAACAUUGAACGCCGGAGAUGUUUUCGUGAUUCCCCCAGGUUUACUUCACUACCAGGCAAAUGUCGGGAAAGUUAAGGCAGUUAGUUUUAACAGUUUAAACAGCCAAAAUCCUGGCCUCGUUACCGCUACGUCUCAACUUUUUGGAUCAGCUCCGGCCAUUUCCGACGAUAUCCUUUCCAAAGCUUUUAGAGUGGAUAAGGAAACCAUUGAACUUAUAAGGUCAAAGUUUGCUUAGUUGUGAACUAAUUUGUAGCACCCCAUGAUGUCAAUAACAUGAGUUUCCGUUUGUACUUUUACAUUUAAUAAAACAAAAUAAGUAUUUAUUAUUGUGCUA